AUGCAGGCAGCAACAGCAACGCACUGGAACCAAGCCAUCUUCCUACGAUUACAGGAACGCGAUGCUCUCGAGAAGCAACACGAUGCCGUGUUUCAACAUUAUCGCAAGCUUGCUGAACAGACGCGUCUACUUAAGCAGCGCAAUCGAGCGCUUCUGAAUGCGGCCGCCACUGCGCCAUCCGCAUCAGCUGCGGGCACAUCGAGCUCGGUCGCAGGCUCAUCUUCGCCCUCAUCUUUGUCCAGCGCGGCGGCGAACCCGGUUCAGCUCGCCUACAUUACCUCUCUCGAGCAGCAGCUCUCCGGCCUGCGCGAUGAGGUGGCGACCCUCUACAAAACGCAAGGCCAAAAUGCACAGCGUCUGCUGCUCAUGAGCGAAUCGCACCGCGAAAAGGAAGACGAGGCGCGUCGUCAGUCGGAAGCGCUCGCCAAACUUCAGCUCGAACAUGAGAAGCUCAAACGACAGGCGGAUGAUCUAAUACAUGCAGGCGGAGAGAAGGACAGAGGCAUUCAGAUCCUGCAAGACGAAUUGGCCACGCUCAGUCUCGAAUUGAGCCAGAUCGAAGCGAGGAACCAGGACCUGAAGAAGGACAACGCUAGCUUGUUGCAGCGCUGGCUGGACCGGAUGAAUGAAGAGGCCGAAAAGAUGAACGAGGGCACCAUCUGGCUAGAGGAAGUUCGGAAGAGGAGGGAGAGCUCGACGCAGCCGACUGCUCCAAGUGCUGGGUCACCGUCACCCUCGGCGACAUCCACGACCAAAUCGUGA